CUGCCUCCUUCCACUUGUGAUUUUUUUUCAUCGAUCAUCGUCAUAACCAUCAAUGGAGUCCGAAAGUUCCUUCUCCUUACAGUCCCUCCAGACCUCUUUCUGCUAUUUCUUCUUCUCCUUCGCCCUCUCCUUCUCUCUCUUCUCUCUCUUGCUCUUCGUACUGAGACUGAAGCUCUGGUGUAACUGUGACGUCUGUCGUAGUUAUCUCACCGCGAGCUGGUCGAUUGAAUUCGACAAUCUCUGCGACUGGUAUACCCAUCUCCUCAAGAAGUCUCCCAGCAAGACCAUCCAUGUCCAUGUGCUCAGAAACACGAUUACAGCCAAUCCGGAUAACGUCGAGUAUAUGCUGAAGACGAGGUUUGAAAAUUACCCAAAAGGGAAGCCUUUCUCCGUGAUCCUGGGUGACCUCUUGGGUCGUGGCAUCUUCAACGUCGACGGAGAUACAUGGAAGUUUCAGCGGAAACUGGCGAGUCUGGAGCUGGGUAGCGUCUCGAUAAGAUCAUUCGCCUUCGAGAUAGUCACCACCGAGAUCAAGCGUCGGCUUGUCCCGCUCUUAUCGUCGGCUGCCGGCGAAGGACGCGUGCUAGAUUUACAGGACGUGUUUCGAAGAUUCACGUUCGAUAACAUUUGUCGAUUUUCGUUCGGACUAGACCCCGGUUGCCUGGAGCUAUCGCUUCCCAUCUCGGAGUUCGCAAUGGCCUUUGAUUUGGCGUCCAGAUUAUCAGCUCAGCGAGCGUUGUCGCUAUCUCCGCUUAUCUGGAAGAUAAAGCGGCUGUUGAAUUUGGGGUCGGAGAAAAAGCUGAAGAAGGCUAUCCGAUUAAUCAACGUCCUCGCAAAAGAGGUUAUAAGACAGCGGCGUAAGAUGGGAUUCUCCGCCAGUCAAGACCUUCUCUCUAGGUUCAUGGGCACCAUCAACGACGACAAGUACCUGAGAGAUAUCGUGAUAAGUUUUCUGUUAGCCGGACGUGACACAGUUGCUUCUGCGUUGACCAGCUUUUUCUGGCUAUUGGCAAAGCACCCAGAAGUAGCGGCGACAAUCCUCAACGAAUCAGACCGAGUCAUGGGACCAACUCAGGAACUCGCAAGUUUUGAACAAAUCCGAGAGAUGCAUUAUUUGCACUCGGCCGUUUACGAGAGCUUGCGGCUGUACCCACCCGUCCAAUUUGACUCCAAAUUCUCCCAGGAAGACGACGUACUCCCUGACGGCACGGCGGUGAAGAGAGGAACGAGGGUGACCUAUCACCCUUACGCAAUGGGCCGGAUGGAAGAAUUAUGGGGUCCAGACUGCCUCGAAUUCAAGCCAGAGAGAUGGUUGAAGAACGGCAUUUUUUCGCCUGAAAAUCCAUUCAAAUACCCGGUGUUUCAGGCCGGACUCAGGGUCUGUCUCGGCAAGGAAAUGUCACUGGUGGAGAUUAAAAGCGUGGUACUAGCUGUGGUACGAAGUUUCGAAAUCCAAGUAGUGGAAGACAACGAUUCGCCGAGGUUCGCUCCGGGACUCACCGCAACCGUGAGCGGUGGUCUCCCCGCCCUGGUUCGUGAAAGAAGGCGGAGCUCGUCCUCAUAAAUCCCCAUUGCCCAUGCACGAGACAGUGGGCGCAUGUUAGUCGGGACCCCUGACUGAUGACACGAACGACCUCCAACCAUGUGGGCGACGAUAACGAGGAAGUGUGACGAUCAUUGAUCCAACGGCUCACAGUGGAUCUCGCAUUUUGUUGCAUGUCCGUCUCGUGUCAGUGGGGGUGGAUUGAUAUAUUUAUCGUGGUGUACAGAAAAGAUGGGCAACAGUACUUUUAUAUUGUCUGUUAGGAGUUUGAGAAAGAACAUGAAUCUAGAAUUUGUACUUUCCCACUUCUCCUGCAGUCCUCCUUCAAUGUUAUUAUGGCUUUUUCUUCUGGUUUUUCCCUCUAACCUGGCUCCAUCUCUGAGACGACGACUGUGGAAGAAAAAUCUGGGCCAUCUAUCUCUCGCUCUCUGUUUCUCUUUUUAAUUUUUAGUUUUUUUACUCUCUGCAAGUAAUUAGAUGGUUAAUGGCCGGACCCCCAGAGCACAGAGGUCAUUGGCCUGAUCACCCAGACUUUGUAUUUAAUUAAUUAGCUAGCUUUCUUCUUUAUCUCGAGCAAGAUUCCGAUAGAAUGUGGUGUUACAGUGUGCUGAAGGAUAAAUAAUCAGAAACUAUUUCAAUUGAA